AUGACUCCUGUCUGGAUUGUGUCUCUCCCAGUAGGUGCUGAGCGAGAGAGUGAGAAUCAGCAGGGGAAUCAUCAUGAGGAAGUUCCCGGGGAAGUGGAACUGCAGGGGACCUUUGUAGGAAGAGCUGAAGGGAAUUUUUCCCAGUGCUUGGAGCAGGAAGAAGGCUGGGGUAACUGGCACAGGUCAGAGAGGCUUCUGGAAAACCACGCAGGGAAGAGAGUGGAUGAAUCUAUUAACGCUGGGGGAGGAGGCAAGGAUCCCAGAGCGCAGCAGACAAAUCCCAAGGAAGAGACACCCGGGCACUACCCUCAGUUUGCGAAAGAAUUCAUUGUGAGAUCACAGCUUGUGACACAUCAGAAAAUCUAUACUGGAGGGAAACCCCCUCAAUGCUUGGACGAUGGGGAAAGUUUUAAUAAGCUCUCAGAUCUUAAUAACUAUGGGAGCAGCCACACUGAAGAGAAACCCGCUCAAUCCCUCCAGUGGGGGAAAUGUUUCAUUUCGAAGACACAUAUAAUUAGACAUCAGUUAAGCCACACAAGGGAGAGACCCCAUAAGUGCUUGGACUGUGGGAAAAGAUUCAUAAGAAAGUCAAACCUUGUUAAACAUCAGGCAAUCCACAGAGGAGAGAGACCCCACAAGUGCUUGGACUGUGGGAAAAGUUUCAUACAGAAGUCAAACCUAGUUCGUCAUCAGGCAAUCCACACAGGAGAAAGAUGCCACAAGUGCUUGGACUGUGGGAAAAGUUUCAUAAGAAGGUCAGACCUUGUUAAACAUCAGGCAUUACACACAGGAGCGAGACCCCACAGGUGCUUAGACUGUGGGAAAAGUUUCAUACAGAGGUUAGAGCUUGUUAAACAUCAGGCAAUCCACACAGGAGAGAGACCCCACAAGUGCUUGGACUGUGGGAAACUUUUCAUACAGAGGUCACACCUAGUUCGUCAUCAGGCAAUCCACACAGGAGAGAGACUCCACAAGUGCUUGGACUGUGGGAAAAGUUUCAAAAGAAGGUCACACCUAGUUCGUCAUCAGGCAAUCCACACAGGAGAGAGACUCCACAAGUGCUUGGACUGUGGGAAAAGUUUCAAAAGAAGGUCACACCUAGUUCGUCAUCAGGCAAUCCACACAGGAGAGAGACCCCACAAGUGCUUGGACUGUGGGAAAAGUUUCAUAAGAAGGUCACACCUUGUUAAACAUCAGGCAUUACACACAGGAGCGAAACCCCAUAAGUGCUUGGACUGUGGGAAAAGUUUCAUACAAAGGUCAGACCUUGUUCAUCAUCAGGCAAUCCACACAGGAGAAAGACCCCACAAGUGCUUGGACUGUGGGAAAAGUUUCAUAAGAAAGUCAAACCUUGUUAAACAUCAGGCAAUCCACACAGGAGAAAGACCUUACAAGUGCUUGAACUGUGGGAAAAGUUUCAUAAGAAAGUCAAACCUUGUUCAACAUCAGGCAAUCCACACAGGAGAGAGACCUCACAAGUGCUUGGACUGUGGGAAAAGUUUCAUGAAAAGGUCAGACCUUGUUAAACAUCAGGCAUUACACACAGGAGCGAGACCCCACAGGUGCUUAGACUGUGGGAAAAGUUUCAUACAGAGGUUAGAGCUUGUUAAACAUCAGGCAAUCCACACAGGAGAGAGACCCCACAGGUGCUUGGACUGUGGGAAACUUUUCAUACAGAGGUCACACCUAGUUCGUCAUCAGGCAAUCCACACAGGAGAGAGACUCCACAAGUGCUUGGACUGUGGGAAAAGUUUCAAAAGAAGGUCACACCUAGUUCGUCAUCAGGCAAUCCACACAGGAGAGAGACUCCACAAGUGCUUGGACUGUGGGAAAAGUUUCAAAAGAAGGUCACACCUAGUUCGUCAUCAGGCAAUCCACACAGGAGAGAGACCCCACAAGUGCUUGGACUGUGGGAAAAGUUUCAAAAGAAGGUCACACCUUGUUAAACAUCAGGCAGUCCACACAGGAGAGAGACCCCACAAGUGCUUGGACUGUGGGAAAAGUUUUAUAGAAAGGACAGAACUUGUUAAACAUCAGGCUUUACACACAGGAGAACGACCUCACAAGUGCUUGAACUGUGGAAAAAGUUUCAUAAGAAGGUCACACCUUGUUAAACAUCAGGCAAUCCACACAGGAGAGAGACCACACAAGUGCUUGGACUGUGGAAAAAGUUUUAUAAGAAAGUCAAACCUUGUUCAACAUCAGUCAAUCCACACAGGAGAGAAACCCCACAAGUGCUUGGACUGUGGGAAAAGUUUCAUGAAAAGGUCAUACCUUAUUAAACAUCGGGCUAUCCACACAGGAGAGAGACCCCACAAGUGCUUGAACUGUGGGAGAAGUUUCAUAAGAAGGUCACACCUUUUUUAUCAUCAGGCAUUACACACAGGAGAGAGACCCCACAAGUGCUUGGAGUGUGGGAAAAGCUUCAGAAGAAAGUCAAAACUUGUUCAACAUCAGACAAUCCACACAGGAGAGAAACCUCACAAGUGCUUGGACUGUGGGAAAAGUUUCACAGAAAGGUCAAACCUUCGUAAACAUCAGGCAAUCCACACAGUAGAGAGCCCCACAGGUGCUUGGACUGUGGGAAAAGUUUCAUACAGAGUUCAGAGAUAG